AUUAUUAAAGUUAUUAAAGCUCUGCUGGUCGCUUUGUGGAAGCGAAGUCGCUCUAAUCAUCUCCGGUUCGCUGCCACUCAACAGUCUGGUUUCUUCCUGUAUCACCAGCAUGCUCCGGGCGUGCCUCGGAUCCUCGUCGGCAACCGCCUCCACCUGGCCUUCAAGCGGCAGGUCCCCACGGAGCAGGCGCGGGCGUACGCCGAGAAGAACGGCAUGACCUUCUUCGAAGUGAGCCCCCUGUGCAACUUCAACGUGAUCGAGUCGUUCACGGAGCUGUCGCGCAUCGUCCUGAUGAGGCACGGCAUGGAGAAGUUCUGGAGGCCCAACAGAGUGUUCAGCCUGCAGGACCUCUGCUGCAGAGCCAUCGUGUCCUGCACGCCCGUCCACCUCAUCGACAAGCUGCCGCUGCCCGUCGCCAUCAAGUCCCACCUCAAGUCCUUCUCCAUGGCCAACGGCAUGAACGCCGUCAUGAUGCACGGACGCUCGUACUCGCUGGCCAACCCGGCCGGCGGCUCCAAGGGCAACAGCCUGAAGCGCUCCAAGUCCAUCCGUCCUCCCCAGAGCCCGCCGCAGAACUGCACCCGCAGCAACUGUAAGAUCUCCUAACUGCCGCCGGGCCCGGAGGAACGGCUACAGACUCUCUGUCACUACACCGCGGAGAACCCGGACUCCAGAACCUCUGCCGUCUGUCAGCUUAUGACUACAUGUACAGAAACGUCACUGAUUCUGGUUCCUCCGCGUCGCCGACAUCACCUGUUCUCAAGUCCUCCUCUUCUUCUUCUGUUGUUUUAAUGACCGAUAAGCUAACCGUUCAGACACUACAGAACCCGACGGGCCCGAACUCGGGUCCAGGCUUGAUUUCUGUGCCUUGAUCCACGUUUCUUUGGUUCUCGGGGGACGGGCAGAGUCCAGUGUUCCCACGGGACCCGGUUCAGAUUUUAGAUCCGUUUCGGAUUUUUGUUUCUCAGUCGAUCGAAGCGUCGGAACCAACCCGAUCAGAUUUUAAAACUGGUUCUAAUGGAUUCACAGAGCUGCUCAUACGAGGGACUAGGAAGGUCUGGGCUUUUGUUGGGUGGAUGAUUAAGAGACGGUUCUUCUCUGACCCGGCAGAGACGGGGAGCCCGGUUCCAGGCCGUGUUUCUGUUUACUCCAGACGUUAAUCUGUCGGUUCUGACCGCAGGUUUAUGGUCUCGUUUUUUAAGGAAACAUCUCAGGAUUCAUCCUGCAGACAAGACGCCGUUUCCCUCUUUCAGAACCGAACAUGUUUGUUCUCUAGAGACCGAGUCGACUCCUGGACCAGCCGCCAUCCCUCCGGUUUUCCACAACUAGCUGGACGGGUCCAGGCUGACGCAGGCGAUGUUGACAGUAAACUCUGACCCGUGUUUAACGUUUUUAAGUCUGUUUUUCCUUCGUCGGCUACACUUUGAGUCCUUUUUUUAAAAAGAUCCAAACCGAUCGUUUUGGAGAGAAAAGACGUAAAUGGCC